AUGGAUUUCGAGAACCCGAGCAAUCUUUCGUCGACGAUGGAGCUUUUAUCUCAGUAUGAUAAUCAUACGAUGGAACGAGACAAAGCAUUAGAAAGCUUCGAGAGAAAACAAGACGACGAAACCAAAAGAGCAACUUACGAUGAGCUAUACAGAGACAACGUGAAACUUCGACUUCAACUUCAGGAAUAUGAGACUGAACUUGCGAGUCUUAAACAAACGAUUGAAGCUUUAAGAGCGAAAGAAAACGGUAGAUCCGAUUCCGUACAAGAAUUGCAUGUAAAUGACGGGUUUGCACUACAGCAACAACAGCAACAGCAACAGCCAGUAUUACCUCCAAGAUCGGCGGAAAGAAAGCGAAACGCUAAAAAUUUAACACUUCCAGUAACGUCGGGCCAUGCCCCCGGGCCCGUGCACAGAACGCCUAUCGAAGCGACAACAAUGGGUGCCCAUCGCGACGUCAGUGCAAUGAGUCUUCCCGCAAGACUGGAGAAUUCUAGCACAAUUGAACGACAAGUAAGCAAUCCAGAUGAAUUGAGCAACUUGAGAAGAUCCAGCUCAUCUUACUCCAACGUCGUUGCAGCGACGCCUGCCACUUCAGUUGCCUAUAUGAAUUCCCGUAUAUCUCCCUCAAGCAGUAACAAGACCUCCAAUCGUGAAACAGCCCUUGCCAGUGGCUCGAAACUUUCAUCGCCGAGAAAAGCGAAUAGAAUAACGGCUUUGAUAAACGAUCAGCUACACUCGCCCUUACGUCAGCCCUCGACGGAUGAAGAGUUGAAUACGGAAGAUGAAGCAGCCAAAGUAUAUCCAAAGAGUCCUCUACCAUAUAUUCCUUCGACUUUUGAGACUGUUAAGAUCUCACCAGCUUCAAAGCAAAACAUCCAUAGCUUUGCUGAAUUGAUGGAUGAUAAAUUCGGACAAAACCUCUCGCCAUCCUUGGAGAGCAGAAAAGAAUCACCCGAAUUUGAACUUGAAGAACAGCAGGCGAGUUCAAAAAUUUUAGGAUCCCCAUUAGCCUUAAAAAAGCAAGCAAUCGCUGGUCAAAGACCUUUUCAUCCUAAAAAAGAUGUAUUAGAUGUUAUAUCAACAGAAGUGGGUGUACAAUCACCCGCCCCUUCUCCGUCGAAGCUAUCAACCACGCCCCUUGCAUUGCCGCUAUUGCAAGAACCCUUCUCGCCCAAAUCCCCGAGAAUUGACAUAAGGCCGAAGCUGGACAAAUCUCAUAGCAUGUCUACCACGCAGUCCCCGUCAUCGAGAAAUAUCGCAGACACUCAAAGUGUAAAAUCAGAUGUUCCGCUGUUAGUUCAACCUGCAGAACUUAAUACAGUAUACGUUGAAGUUAUCAGCACCUUAUUCAACGAUAAUGAUAAAUUUGGUGCCGAAGAGCGGUGUAUUUUAUUGAGUGUGAUAGAUAGAAGCUCCAAAAAGGAGAUGUUCAAAUUCUCCAAACCCAUCGAAAAGAUAUAUGAGCUGGAUGUUUAUAUCAAGUGCCAUUUCGAUGGCGUGAUACUUCCGCCUCUACCAGAGAAGCAAUAUUUUGGCACAAUCUUACCUUCCAAAGUUGAUCAUAGACGAACUCAGUUAAACGACUAUUUUGCAACUCUGUUUCACGUUGCUGAGAUGCCUCCGCAUAUAAGUCUCAGAUUGGCUAAGUUCAUCAGUACGGACAUGGUUAUGAACUUCUUCUUAAGCGACUCUUUGAAAGAAGGAUUUUUAAUGAUGCGAAAAAGUAAAGCCAUUGGGAGUAGUGGUAAUUGGCGGCUCCGUUAUGCCGUGCUUGAAUCUCUCGCGCUGCACCUGUAUGAAAAAAAUCAAGUAACGGAUACUAUCAGAUUACCGCAAUCUUCAAUAGAGCUUCAAGCAAAUUAUCCUGAUGAUAGAUAUGGUACGAAAAACGGAUUUAUCGUAAGUGAACACAAGAAAUCGGGCCUCUCCAGUUUUACAAAGUAUUAUCUCUGCUGUGAGAGUGCCAAGGAUAGAGAAGCAUGGAUCGCAUCAUUAACCGAGCUUAUGGAUGUUGUCUCCACAUCGAACGCAUCCAUCAAUAGUAAAUCGGAAGCGUCGAGCGUUACGGAACAUUCAAUGAGCAACGAUGUCUCUUUUAAUAGCAACGCCAGCUAUAUUGGUCCCCCUGCGACAUUACAACCGUCCAUGUUAUCGUCGCCCACUCAAAAGUCCGAUCUUGGUAACGGAGAGGACGAGAAGGAAAAUAAGAGAAGUCGAAUUAGGAGUUUUUUCCCAUUCAAAAAACUCAACAUGGCACAAACGCCUACAUUCGAAUAUGAAGGGCAGCAAUUCGGGGAAGAACUGCAAGAGGGUGAGAUUUCCAUUUCAAGUUCUCUGCAGUUAAUGAACCUCGAUAGAGAAGUCAAACCUGUGUUUGGUUCCGAUCUGAAAUCCUGUCUCUCGUUGAGUUCACACACAUACCAAGGUCGCUACGAGAUUCCAAGUGUUAUCUAUCGGUGCUUGGAGUACUUGUAUUGCAAUCAUGGCAUAGAGGAGGAGGGCAUUUUCAGAAUUAGUGGAUCGAGUGCCUUAAUCAAAUCUUUGCAGGAGGAGUUCGAUCGUGUUUAUGACGUAAAUUUAUGCGACUACAACAAUCGCGGAAACGACGGCGACUCUACAAUGCAGGGAUACGUGGAUGUCAACACUGCCACAGGUUUACUCAAAUUAUUUUUGCGUAAACUGCCUAGUUCUCUUCUGGGAGACCGAUUAUUUGGUGAGUUCAGAAGAGCGGUAGAGAAUUCUAAUGAUGAGGCUUACACUGCAAUCUGUUUUCGCCAAUUGGUUAACUCGGAACACAUGCCCGUUGAAAACAGGUCAGUUUUGUUUGUCAUCUUCGAGUUAUUGGUCAAGAUCAACAAAAGCAGCCAUAUCAACAAGAUGAACCUCAGAAAUUUAUGCAUUGUAUUCUCACCAACACUAGGGAUUCCGGUAAAUGUUCUUCAACCUUUCAUUGUGGAUUUCGACUGUAUCUUUAAAGGGAGCGAACCGGCUGAUGAAAGCCAAAGGGAAAAGUUGGAUUUACAUAUACCCCAACUGUAA